AACGGGAAAACUUAUAAUGAUGUGAUUAUAGUAUAAUAUGACAUUUUACGCCCCAAGUGUCUGUGCCAAGUUAUUUAAGUCUAAUUACAAUGGAUAUGUGUGUAAUUCAAUCUUUUUUCAUGAAUUUAACAUUUGUUAAUUUCUAAACAAAUGGGAAUAAAUUCAACCUUUUUUUACCCUGAGUAUACAAUUUCAAAUUGUUAUAUCUUUUGUGAAUAUUUCGACCGACCAUUAUACAUCGUUGAUUAGAUCGUACGGAAAGAGUAGUUUUCGUAAUCUAAAUGUGAAAAUAAUGGCAGACAUAGAUUGUUUAAAAGUUUUAGAUGACAUAAUUCUCAACACAUUGUCUUUUCAAGCUAUUUUAGGUUAUUUAUCAAUACCUGAAAGGAGUUACAAUUUGAAUAGUAAUCAAAGUUAAAGAUUGAUAUAACCAUACAAUAGAAAUGGUUAUUCCCUUAAAAGCUGGUUGUUAAAAAUUGUUUCUGAAUUUAACAUUCCAGACGAAGGAAAAAGCAACGUGCUUUGUUACGCAUCUCAUACAAGAAGCAGGGAUAUUGUAAAAGCUUUGAUACAAGCUGGAACGGACAUUAACGCACACACUGCAAAGAGGGAGACAGCACCAUAUUUCGCUUCCAAAAAAGGAAAAAUCAAAAUUGUUGAACUUCUGUUCAAAGACGAUGCAAAAAUAAACAUACAAAACGAAAGCGGGCAUUCUGCUCUUAUUUUGGCAGAUACUAAUGAAAGUGGCUGUUGACAAGCAUUAGUUAAAGCUGGUACAAGUGUUAAUUUACAAGAUAAUGAUGCAUGAAGAUGAAAAUGGUCCUGAAGUUAAAGUUAAAAACUUGUCCUCAUUUCCAAAAAUUUUUCAGAUGUCAUUGAAUUCUGAUAUUGAAUUUCGGAAGGUACCGGGAUGUGAUAAGACUUUAUGUGACAGAUUUGGACGGACGAUGAUUAUGGCACAUUAUAAAGAUGUAUAUAUAGGUUUAAGUUUACUUGUAGAGAAGUUUGAUAAAACAACAUUAGAUAAAUUCGAUGAUUUUGGAAGUAAUUUAUUGCAUUAUAUAGCAUGGGAAGAGACGACCGAGGACUUUUUCAUCACAUCCCGUGUAUAUUUAAAAAUUGUGCCAUUUUCAAAGCUAAGCGUUAGUAAAGACGCACAUGGACAGCUCCCUUGUGAUGUUGCCUUUUUAAGGGGACACAGUAAUAUUCUCAAUCAGAUCUGCGUUUGUAAAAACGGAAUUCACCAUCAAAACCUUGUUUUCUGUCACAGACGUUUUCGAAUAACAUCUGUCAUAGAAAAAGACGAAGCGUUCAAAAACUUUAUAAAAGAUCUUUCCAUACACUGCUCAGAAAGUAAAAUACGAAACCUAAUCAAUGUACCCCUACUAGGACUGGUUAGAUUUAACAAACAUGAAAGUAAAGUUAUACAAAAUAUGGAUAGAUUUGAAAAAGCGGCAAAUGACCUUAAAACAGUUGUUGUAAAUGUUGUUAACCAUAUAUGUAAAAGACUUGGAGAAAAAGAUGAAUCACUUAAGAAUACUGUUAUUCUAUCUGGCAGUGUUGCUGAAAAUACAAAAGUUGGACUUCCAGAUGAAUUUGACUUCAUAUGCUUGCUGGAUAAGAGUGCCAUUACAGUGAAAGUUAAGGAAAGGCUCAAAAAAGGAGUACUUAAACGUUUCUUUGUUUUUAAUAAACAUCGUCUUUCGUUUAUAAUCGACAGGUUAUAUGAUAUUAUCAUUGAAGUAUUAAAAGAGCCCGACAUAUAUGCCCAUACGAACUUAGUUCCCUUAAAGGAGUGUCCUGAAAGACCAACUAGAUCUCCGAAUUUCAAGAUUAAAUUUCAGUGGUGUUUUCGUGAGUAUAAAAAUAUGACAAUAAAAAUAGACAUUGUACCAGCUUUCGAAGUUUAUUGUCCUUUUAAUGUAUGUUUUCACUCCGAAAGAUUUAACCCUGCCAUCAACCACAGCAAAUUUGUUAUGGUUUUGUUUACAGCAACAAAUAAAGCAAAAGAGAGAAUUUUGUGUUCAGUAUCUGCUUCAAGAGAAGAAAGACAUCGUCUAGCCACACUUCCUUCAGAAGCAAGAGACGCGUACGUGAUAUCAAAGAUUUUAUGCGGGAAACGCAUGUGUCCGUCAGUUGUUGAAUUUGAAUUAGAACAAACUCGGGACGGGUAUCCUAUUAACGAAACUCAGUGUCAGAAGAAUAUUUCUAGUUAUAUGCUGAAAAACUGUUUAUUCUAUGUUGCUGAGGAAUUUCAAACGAAGUCACUUUCAGUGUAUGGUUACGUUUGUAAAAUAUUUCAGAAACUUCUUCAAUUUGCAAGCGAAGAGAAAUUUCCAUGUUAUAUGUUUCCUUGCAUUGAUUUGUUUGUAUACCAUGAUGGGGAGAGGCAUGAUGGAGCUUGUUUGACCAGAGCUAUGUAUGCAAAAAUUAUUUUAAACAUUAUUGGAGAACAUUGUGAUUUUGAUGAUAUAGGCAAACCUGUCGGAGGUUUAUACCACUACAUUUGUGAAAACUGUGAGAACUGUGGGACAAGGCCAAAAGCGGAUGGUGUAAAUUUCAAAACGUGUCCCAGGUGUAAAAAUGGUUCGUAUUGUAGCGAUGAAUGUAAGGAAAACGACUUUGAACGACAUAAAAAAUGGUGUGAUUCCCUUUACGAAGAAAAUAUCUCGGAAAAAUCUUGGCUUUACACCCGUCUCGGACCAAUUCAAAACAUAACAGACAAUGACAUUUGUGCUAACUGUAAGAAAAGCCCAAAAGAUGUUGGAGUUGUUCUCAAAACAUGUUCCAGGUGUGAGCUCUGGACACAUUGUAGCGAUGACUGUAAGGAAAGUAACUUUGAGCGCCACAAACCUGCUUGUGAUUACCACUAUAAACAAAAUGGUUCGAACUAAUUUGACAAUUAUGUAUACGCGUGUAUUCGACGAAAGCGUGCUUAGUACAAGAACUGAACUGAUUGUACAAUCACAGAAGACUUUUAAAGUUAGUUAUGUGUUUUAUAACUUUCUUAUAUUGUUUAUUCUUUAGUACAUCUUUAGUUUAUUGCAGUAUUAUAAAAUGUUCUUCUGGGUUAAUGAGCAAAUUGCAUUAAAACCAGGAGAAUCCGUCUCCUGAAAAUAUAAUGUGUUGUAAAAAUGACAAGGGGACAUUAUUAUAUUCUCUGUAAGAUUCUUACUGGUUAUUGCUUGAAAGCGUGAGGUCGCAUGCCAUUUUGGUUUAUUGUCGGUUUGUUUGUGUUUACGUCGCACUGACACAUUAUAUGUCAUAUGGCGACUUCCCAGCUUUACUGUAGGAGGUUGCCCUCAGUUACUCUUCCGUGUAUUAUGUCAGGCACGAACGGGCACCAGAGUAAAGCCGUCGACGUUCCGUAAGCUAUCUGGAUAGCCGCCUCACAUAAAAGAAUCCAAUGUUUCUGUCUGUAUUCGAAUCCACAGCGGUGAGGGGCAAGUGGUUUGAAUUCAACAAUCUUGAAAUUUUGGUUUAAUGAACCCAACCAUUUAAAAGUCCUUUAAAAAUAAUUACAUUACAUAUGUUAUGCAAUUACCAAAUACAUUUGUAUC